UAUUUUUAGAGCUGGUAACUUCCAUCAGUUGUGUCAUCUUAUGUAUUUUACGUCAUUCACAAGUAUUGGAAUCUCAAGUAUGUAACUUUUGCAAUUUAUCAUACAAUUUAUGAAUAAACAUUCCUUUUUGAAAUGAAAUGGAGGGACCGAAUACUAAAGAGUCCCUCAGCUGCGCAGGGUGCUUGAACGACAUUGGAGAUGAUGAUUACGUCUCUGCACUCAACCAGGACUGGCAUAAAGACUGUUUUCGUUGUUCAGUAUGCGACGCUCAGCUGUCGACGUGGUACUUCGAGAAGGCAGGCCUGCUGUUCUGUCAGAGCGACUACUGGGCUCGCUACGGAGAGACCUGCCAGCAAUGUGCACAGGUGAUAACGGGCCCGGUGAUGUCGGCGGGCGAGCACCGGUUCCACCCGGAGUGCUUCGCGUGCGUCGCCUGCGCGGCUCAUAUCGAGGACGGGGAGCCGUAUGCGUUGCUGGACCGCUCCAACCUUUACUGCGGCAACUGCUACAGCAACUCCUCGCGUCCCGUGUCCCACUCCAUCCGCGUGGUGGAGGUGCCACCCGCCGUGUUGCGCGUCACGCACACCCCGCCCGCCACCAUCACUGUUAAAGACGGGCGCUGCGGCGGCAAGCUGUCGGCGGCGGCGCGAGCCAUGCUCCGCGCGCUGCUGUCCGUCUGCAUACAGCUCACCUGCCAUAGAAUCGAUUCAUCAUGUGGCGUGUUAACGCUGCACAUCGGAGACAGGAUCCUGGAGAUCAAUGGAACUCCUGUGAGGAACCGGCCGCUCGAUGAUAUUGAACGAGCUCUUGCAAGGACUGAUGCUGUCAUACAGCUAACAAUAGAACACACACCAGACACAAACACGAAACGCACACAAGCAAACACACAGACAAACGCACACACACAAACAGACGAUGUAAAGGCCACGCAAGACAAGCCAGUGGAACGCAAGACUGUCACCAAAGAAGACAAGACUCCCUCUGACAAGGAAGGGAAGAAAGAGAGACUGUUUAAGAGGAAGGGAGGAGAGGAUGCUGGGAGGUGGGUCAAUAAGAGGAGACAGACGCCGUCGUCACCCCUUUUGGGGGAUAAAGAGAAGAGUAGCAGUAUGUCUAAAUUGUUGGAUGCCGUGGACGGAUCAGAACAAAGCGGCGUGCUAUGUGAUCUGAGCAGAGCUCGGUCGUUCCGCGCGGAACCCGCGCCCGGACAGAAAGUGUUCCGCGCCUGCGAUCUGCUGCAGGGCGAGCUCCUAGGUUCAGGUUUCUUCGGCGAAGUAUACAAGGUGACGCACCGCGACACCAACGAGGUGAUGGUGCUCAAACAACUGUACCGCGUAGACGAGGACGCGCAGAGGAACUUCCUCAAAGAGGUGGCAGUACUCCGUUCACUAAACCACCCGAACGUGUUGCGAUUCGUGGGCGUACUGUACAAGGACAAGCGACUGCAUCUCGUCACCGAGUAUGUGGCUGGGGGCACACUGUAUCAGUUGUUACAGGAUAGCCGAGUAUCUCUAAGUUGGCGUGACCGCGCUCGACUAGCGCGGGACGUGGCGGCGGGGCUGGGGUAUCUACACCGCAUGAACGUCAUACAUCGCGACUUGAACUCGCACAACUGUCUCGUUAGAGAGGACAAGACGGUGAUAGUGGCGGACUUCGGCCUGGCCCGCAUCGUGCAGCGCACCGCCAGCAGCUCGCUCGACCGGCGCCAGCACCACACGCUCAGGAGGAAGAGAUAUACCGUGGUAGGCAACCCAUACUGGAUGGCGCCGGAGAUGAUGAACGGUAACGUGUAUGACGAGAAAGUCGAUGUCUUCUCCUUCGGUAUUAUACUGUGUGAGAUAAUAGGCCGCGUAUCAGCCGACCCAGACUUCCUCCCCCGACGGACAGACUUCGGUCUGAACGAGCCGCUCUUCGUGGACAAGUUCUGUCGCGCCAACAGCUGUCCCGAGCCAUUCUACCGCAUCGCUUUCCUAGCCUGUGAUCUAGAUCCUGAUGCUAGGCCACCAUUUGAGGUGCUAGAGAUCUGGCUGGAGAGCAUGGUGAUGCACCUGUCGCAGGCCGCCCUCCUCCCCCGCACCCUGCUGGCUGACGUCAUGCAGUACUCCAGGGGAGAUACCAGGACUGAUAAGAACUGCUGUCAGCUCAGUAAUGACAGUAGCUACUCUCGACUUAGCAAGGCGGAUAGCGAACUAAGCGUCCCAGACACAGGGGUACUCAAGUCGAACUCGAUCGCGACGCUGUCGGUGGAGUCGCGCGGCUGGCGGCUCGGCAAGUGCGUGUCCGCCACUCACAUCAGCUCCCCGCGCGUCCGCCCCGCAGCACUCUCCCGCAGCAGCCACGCGCUACACGCGCCCGGGUACAUCCUGCACGCCGCCGGGAACAAGAUCAACAUUACUAAGGUGGACGACAUUACCAAGUGGCUGGACCCUCCACCCCUCAAGCGUACCUCCCCUGACACACACCUCAACAAACUACAGGAACAAACCAAGACGAGGAAGGUGGAGUCUCCUGAAGAAUACGACUCCGCACUCCCCGCCUUCCUCAGGAACCAGUCCGUCGAGGGUCUGGAGUCGCAGUACAAACACGAGGUAGACCCGCCACUUCCCUUCUGUAGACACAUUAGCAUUCCCAAUAGCAGACAGAUACCCGAUGACGCCGACUCGGAAACUUCAGACGAUGAUGAUGAUGACGACGAAGCCAUCUCCACGUGGCACAGAAACAUCAAAAUCUUCGACAAAAUGGAAGUCGAUCCUAAGAAUGUUAUUGCCUCUAUUGUGAAGAAAGGCGAGAAUUUGUUGUCAAAGAAAUCUAGUUAUGAUGUGACGGAUGUGGUGCUGAGAAAUCCUGAGUGUUUGACUACUGAGAGAAAGAUUCCUGAAGUAGAUUGCAGACGGUUUAACAUUGACUAUUUAACAAAGAGUCCGCUAAUGGCUGAAGGCGUCAAAAAUAUAUCCAAGACAGUUGAGAAAGAGAAAUCACAAGAAAAGUCAGAGUCGAGGUUCUUUCCGAAGACGCUACUAUCUCCAAAAUUGAGCAGGUUGUUCAAACCGAACACUGCCGAAGUGGUCCGAAACAAAGACGUGGAAGAUAAAGAUAAAUCUAGAAGUAAGUUCUUCGUACAAAGACCAGCGUCACCCAGCAACAUCGGCCGUUCCCACAGGGUUAGACCAUCGGAGUCUGACAAACCAGUUCUGAACAACGACGUGCUAAAGUCAGACAUAAAACUCGCCAGCAUGGGUAAACCAAUGACGCCUAUAUUCCGACGGCAUUUAGCCGAGAAGCCCGACUUCGCGGACGGGAGGUUCAGCUACCGAGACCGCAGGGCCAAGUAUGAGCCGAAAACCGAAGAUUCGAAGUUCGUAGACGUAGGACGUUAUAGGAUUAAGACUCCUCUUUCUAGUAUAGAUCAGACUCCGAAACUGACGCCAUUGAAUCGGAGUACACAGUUGAACAACGUGCCCGCUUUAGCGACAGUGCCUGAGAAAAAGCUCGUAGAUAAGAAAAGAUGUGACGAUAAGCCCGCUGUGGCCAAACGGCCAGUUGCGGGGAUUUCGCGCAGUAACUACGUGAGCCUGGCUAAUCUGAAGAUUAACGGGAAAGCGAAGGAAAUUGAUGACAAGUGUAGACAAGGCGCGAAUGAGGACUCUCCUGUUGAACGGGUUAUUUAAAUUGAUUGGUUUUAUACGCUUGACUUGUACUUUAAACUUGAAUUACAUACAGCCAGUUUUUCAUAAAAAGUAAAAGCCAAAAUAAUGUCAUAAAGUAAAAGUAACGGUCAAAUUAGUUUUUUCACGAUUUUAACUAUUAGUUUUGCUAUUAAAAAUGAAUUUGACCGUAACUUUUACUUUAUGACAUUACUUUGACUUUUACUUUUGAUGAAGAAACUGGCCGAUAAUCUUAACAUUGCUUAAUUUCGACAGAAGAAUAAUUGAUGUUUCUUUAACGAGAUAUUUUUGUACGGUUAAACAAAAAAGACAUUACAAAUUAUUAAAAGUACAGUCGAGCGCAUAAAACCAGCAAGUAAUUGAAGUCUUGCCACGUUACUGUAGUUAUACAAUUGUUGAUUCGUUGUACUUACGAAUGCUAUGAUUAUGGACUUUAAUCGCUUGGGGGCGAGUCUUAUUCAUCGGCUAAUGUGAGAAAUUACCCGUCAGAGCUUGAAAACAUAAUUUGCUUAUUCUCUUAAGCUAUAGAAAGACCGAUUUUGGACUGCUUAUUUUUUGUCUCAAUUUUUUUUAUCAGGCUUCAUUGGUUGUCCCGGGACUUUAUAGAUGAAAAUUUUGAAAUAUUGAAUGGUAUAAAAAUAGGUUAUUACUUAUUAGUACUCGCAUAUUGUCGCGAUUCAGUCGGCGGUGCCUUCCGAUAAGACUGGUGUAAUUAGGACAUUUUGUUUUGGCAAUGGUAAGCAUUUUAAUAUUGUGACAAAAACUGAAUUUCCGCUUAGAUUUGUAUUUACAACGAGAUUUUAUAGAGAUUCAUAGAUAUUCUUAUUUUCAAUUUAAUUACGAUUGAAACAUUAUUAUUUUAUUAUGUCGGAAAGUACUUACCAAUUGGUUUGUAAUUCUAAUAAUUCUAUUUGUACAAUAUUGUAUUGUUUACAUUGGCCAAAAUAUCGCUAGAAUACAUUUUGUAUUACAUUUGAUACCCAUUCCAUUAUGAUAUCUACAAUAUAUGUAUAUCCUAUCCAUGCUUUUUGUAUUCCAUAACUUAUAUUAAUACUCCUUGAUGUGAAUUUCAUUAUAAUUUUUAAGAAAAAUAUAAAAGCAUAUGAUUUCAUCGUUUUGAAGCUUUCAAAUUGUCAAUUAAUGAAAACAUUUUGAAGUUGGCAAAAUGGCGCUAUAAUUUAAUAAAUAUAGUAUUUAAUGUAUAAUACAUACCUAACCGGUAUUGUAUAUUUAAUAAAAUUUAGAACAUUGAUCACUAUGCCUUUCGAUAUGGUGACCAAUGAUGACGAAAUAUUCGUCAUAGAUUUUUAUGUCGACAAUUAUAACUAUUGUCGAUUAUGUAUUUGGAAAUAUGAUAUUUAGUAUCAUAAAAAAUAAUUUCUGCUUGUAUACUAUUAUAAUAUUAUAGCAUUUUAAAUAUUCUUCAUGACCCUUUAAAAUUGGGUGAUUUUUGUUAAACAAAACGUUUGAUAAUAUUGUAAAAAAAUUACAUUUGCAGUUACAUUAGAAAACUAUUGUUAUGAAUUGGAUCAGUAUUCGCUUACACGUUCAGAGUCAAAAUGUACUCUAGCUUUGAGUCUUUAAGAUUCAAAUUGCAACGCAGUUAGCUUCACGCAGUUGUUAUAGUGUCUUAAGCAGAUAUACGGAAAUAUACACACGUUGUUUUCUAUGUAGUUAUAUUUGUACCGUUUUUAUAUUGUAGAUGAAAUGUUUCAUUAUUUAAAAUAUUCAUUGGGGAAUUUGUGACGAAAAAAAAAUGUAAAAAUAAAGAAACAUGACGAAUUAUUCGUCACGAAUUCUCUUUAAACUUAUAAAUAGUAUUAAAAUAUUAUUCACAAUAGUAAGGAGUCCCAUUAAAUUCUGUCCAGCCAGUCUAGACGAGAGAGCGUUAUAAAUCACAAAUAAUAUUUUAAAGGAAGAAUCUUAUUGUAUGUAAAGAUCUGAACGCAAAUCUGUGCCAUUAUAUGCCAAUUUAUUGUCGAUGAAGUUUCGCUCAAUAUAAUGAUGUAUUUACAAGAAUUUUCCAUUAGAGUUUCACGAUCAAAAAUUUUAAUAAUUUGCAUACAAAAUAAUUAAGCGUAUGCAAUUUCAGAAGAAAUCUUUGUGACUAUAGACUUGUCUACCAGACAUUAUCUAUGUUUAUCUAGGAUUAAAUUUCAUAAAUCAGUUUUAUUUCAAGAGCCUAGUUCUCUCUCUAGUUAUAUUUGAGCGACACCUUCAUAGACUCUCUUUUACCUAAGAAUUCCACAUGUCCGUGACAAAACCACGACAUUAGAUCUAAGUUUACUUGGACAAUACUUUAACUGUAUUAAUUUAUUAACACUCUAGCUGUAAUCGCGUAGUUUUAAGUUUAUUUCUUAGUUUUUGUUUUCGUAAAGUCUGAUAUGUACUUUGUGACACAGGGUGCCAUUUUUUAUAAGUAAUGCAAACGAAAUAGUGCUGUGGUUGAAACUUGUCGAUAUAAUUUUAUUUAAAACCUUUUUAACUCGACUAAUUAAGGUCUAGUUCCGUGAAAACUUGUUGCAUUAAUGCAGUAUAUAAAAUCAGACAUUCUUUUUCACACAAAAUCAAUACUUGAUGGUAAUAAUAUUGUCGAUAGUUUCAAUCACAGCAUUAUUAUAAAUUAACAUAAAACAGGACAAAUUCAAUCUCGAUAUUAAUUAUAAUUCGUUUAACGUCCGACGCUAGGUCGCGCUCAUUGUUUACUUUAUCUGUGAUACGUUAUGUUUGUAAACGCCGCAAUAACAAGUAUUAUAUUAGGUGUCUUUUAGUUUUUAAUCUCGACAUUUUUUAUUAUUUUUAUUUUAUAGUUAAGUAAUAAUUGAACGCCAUUGACUUGCUGUAAACUUUUAUCGGAGUCCACGACCAAAAGUUUUAAAUCUUCUGUGUCGUGUUGCUGGCAAGCUUGGCGUUCGAAAUAUAAAGAUAUUAUAACACAUUAACAGUGGUAACAUCGAGUAUUCCGUCUCCUGCAUUCCAAGCGGUUUUGUAUUUUUUUUUUCUUAUUUUGUAUCUGUUUCUAAGUACAAAUGAAUAAAGGAAUAUAUUCAGUAUUUGUA